AUGUCCACUGUAUACACCGCAAAGAAAGGCCCGAGUGCGUCUAUCUCGGUACUUAAAGGGACAGAUACAGACUCAUCUACCAGUCUUGACAUCGCGCCAUUGGGUGAGCCAGGAGAGGAACGUCGGUUUUGGUUUCAGCGAGGCAAAGGCUAUAAUCCCGAAGCAGUUGCGACCCAGCCCUCUGUUUAUGAUAACCCUGACACUGCGAAGGAAUAUCAACCCCGAGCUGACUGGGAGAAUCUUCACCGAUUCGACCCAUCUGCUCGGUGGACAUGGAGCGAGGAAUACAAAUUGAUUCGAAAGAUUGAUCUUCGUAUUAUGGUAUUUACUUGCCUCAUGUUCAUGUGUUUGGAGUUAGAUCGGUCCAAUCUGACACAAGCCCUGACCGACAACAUGCUUCCCGAGUUGAAUAUGACCACGAAUGACUACAACCUUGGGAAUACGGUGUUUAAGCUCUCAUUCCUCUGUGCCGAGCUUCCCUCUCAGCUCCUUAGCAAAUGGGUUGGACCUGAUCGGUGGAUUCCUACCCAAAUGGUUCUUUGGUCUGCAGUUGCUAUGGCACAGUAUGGACUGAAUGGAAAAACAACAUUUCUCUUGUGCCGUGCCUUGCUUGGUAUUUUGCAAGGCGGAUUUAUCCCAGAUGUGAUAUUGUAUCUGUCCUACUUCUAUAAACAUCAUGAGCUGUCUUUGCGACUCGGCUUCUUUUGGACAGCCAUGAAUAUUGCGGAUAUUCUUGCUGGAUUCCUAGCUUUCGGGCUUUUGCAUCUUCGUGGUGUGCAAGGUCAAUCGGGAUGGCGCUGGCUGUUCUUGCUGGAGGGCCUUCUGACACUGCUAUUUGGUCUAUCUGCAUAUAUUUUGAUGCCACCAGGACCAUGCCAGACUGCUAAUUGGUCUCGGGGUAAGUCAGGCUGGUUCAAUGCGCGGGAGGAGACCAUCAUUGUCAAUCGAGUAAUUCGUGAUGAUCCAAGCAAAGGAUCCAUGCACAAUCGAGAACCUAUUACGCCCAAACUACUCUGGAAGAGUCUCAAGGACUAUGAUCUUUGGCCGAUAUACAUCAUCGGACUUACUUUCCAAACACCAGUAGUGCCUCCCAAGCAAUAUCUAACUCUUACUCUGAGGGGCCUCGGAUUCGGCACUUUUGUGACAAAUCUGUUGGUUAUUCCUAGCGAAGUGCUGUGCAUUUUCUUCCUUCUACUCCUCACCUACGUCUCCGAGAUUUGUAGUCAAUUAACUUUGGUGUCUAUGAUUGGGCAAAUAUGGAUACUUCCCUUCUUGAUCUAUCUAUAUGUGGUCGACAUCAAUACCGCAAACAAGUGGUGUGUGUGGGCGGUGAUGACACUGCUGCUGGCAUAUCCAAAUGCGCAUGCUAUUCAAGUUAACUGGAACUCCCGCAACUCAAACACUGUCCGAUCCCGUACGGUCUCGGCUGCCAUGUAUAAUAUGUGCGUCCAAGCAUCGGGAAUUAUUGCUUCCAAUAUCUAUCGCGCUGAUGACGCUCCCCGCUACCGGAGAGGCAAUGGUACUCUAGUGGGACUCGGUGUCUCAAAUGUUUUCAUCUAUUUGUUGACUAAAGUAUACUAUGUCUGGCGCAAUCAAAGCCGCGACAAGAAAUGGAACACUAUGACGGACGACGAAAAGGCGCAUUACUUGGCAACCACUAAGGACGAAGGAAAUAAACGACUGGAUUUCCGAUUCGCCCAUUGA